ACGGGGGCGGGUCUCGGCGGGCGCGGGCGGCGGCGGCGGCGCAUUGGUGCUGUGGACGGCGGACAGUGCGCAUCUCUCUGAGCUGGCUUUCUUCCUCUGCUUUCUGGAGCUCUUUUGGUGGCCCUCGCCAUGAUCGGUACGCUGCUCGGCGUGCUAAGCGCCGUUCUGAAAUGGGUGUUUACUCCCCUGCCGUUGGCGGUUCUGGCCUGCACCAUGGCCACCAUUUACUACUUGAUGACGAAGGACUACAGGUUCUGGAAGGCUCGUGGAGUGCCGGGUCCUACCCCAACGUUCCCCUACGGCAACGAGUUCGGGCCGCCGCUAGUUGACUUCAUCGGCUUCGAGGAGUGGAUCUACAACACUCAGGGCGGAAAGAAGUUUUGUGGUUACAUUGAGAUGGCGCGUCCAGUUUUGUACGUCGGGGAUCUCGACCUCAUCCGCGCCAUCACCAUCAAGGACUUCGAGAGUUUCACCGACCGGCGAGACCUGGCCAUCAGCGAAGAUUUCAUGGAGAUGCUUCAGGUGCUCAACGGAAAAGAGUGGAAAGACACCAGGUCUGUUAUGUCUCCGACGUUCUCCUCCAGCAAGCUCCGUGCGAUGCACCAGCUGUGUCUGGACAACGCCUCCAACCUCAACGACUAUGUGAAGGCGGAAAUGAAGCGAACAGGAGGAGAGAUCGACAUAAAGGACUGCUUCGGUCGUUUCACCAUGGACAACAUCGCCUCCUGUGCGUUCGGUGUCAACUGCAACUCGUUCAAAGACCCGAACACAGAGUUUGCGAAAAACGCCGCCGUUCUGUUCGAGGCACCGACGGGUUUCGCCGCAGUCAGACUGACCUUGCUGGUGCUUCUGGGUAACAUAGUGCAGAAGAUUCUGCCAGAUCCCCUGAAAUCUGUUAACCAAUUCUUCGCACGCGUGGUGAACCGCACCAUCAAUGAGCGCCAAACGGGGGACCGGCGCAAGGACUUCCUCCAGCUACUGUUGGACACUAAAGACAAGGACGGCAAGCGCAUUCUCACCGACUCCAGCAUCAUCGCCCAGUCGGUGCUCUUCUUCAUCGUCGGCUACGACACGACUGCAAAGUUACUGACGUUCGCCGCUUACUGCCUCGCUACUAACCCGGAGGUGCAGGAUGGCAUCCUCUCCGAGAUUGACGAGGUCCUGGAGCGCCACAAAGGUCAGCUGACCUACGAGGCACUCGGAGAGAUGCACCAGCUUGACCGAGCCAUCUCGGAGACCCUGCGCCUCUAUCCGCCAGCUGCGCGCAUCGAGCGUCUUUCCAGCAAGGAGUACACGCUGCCGGGAACGAACGUUACCAUCCCCAAGGGAACCGUGGUGCAGAUGCCGAUUUUCACUCUACAUCGUGACCCGGACCACUACCCGGACCCGAUGCGCUUCGACCCGGACCGUUUCCUGCCGGAAGAGAAGGAGAAGCGCCACCCGUGCGCUUACAUCCCGUUCGGCAGCGGGCCGCGCAACUGCAUCGCCAUGAGGUUCGCCCUGUUCGAGGCCAAGGUGGCGCUGGCUGCGAUGCUGCGUGAGACGCGCUUGGAGCCUGGCCCGAACACGCCCAAGCCACCGAUGCCGCUCGACAAGAGAGCCUUCUUGCUGACACCGGAGGGGAACAAGGCUUUCCUGCGAGCCGUCCCCCGUAAAUAGGCAUUGGGCAGGCAUGUAUGCUGCUCAUGCUGCUUUUGCUUCUGCUAGUGAUGGUCAGGAACGGUGUCUUUGUCUGGAGAGCAAACGGCUAAGCUUCUUGAUUCACGUCGCUGUUAUUGCCAGUAGGGAACCAGUAUUGUAUGUAUGUACCUAUAUCGUUCAAGACUUGUAAUUAUGUUCAAUGUUUUACUAAGAGUAACAGCUUGCGAUAAGUGCAUGUAAAACAUGAUAUAAAAGUAUUGAAAAUUGAAACAUCGAGCCCUGGUUCUAACAUUAUAGUUGUCACUGUGGCCA